AUGGUAUCUCUUACCUCAAAACCCUCAAAACCCUCAAUACCUAUCACCACUGGUAGCAAACCACUUUUAAAAACUACCAUGUCAGGCACGAUAAGAAAAGCUCAAGAUGCAGAUCUGGAUGACGAUUUAGAAGUGCCAAAUCCGAAACGAGCGAGAGUAUCUUUCAAUCCCAAGGUCGAAGAAAAGGUUCUAGAGGAGUAUGUCGCAAAGGGUAGGAGUUUAGAAAGUAUCAGAGUGGAGGUCAAGCGGGCAAUAGAGGCACAUGGCAAAGGCGACAGCGAAAAGUACGAUAGCAUUAAAGAAGUAUUUGCGCAGACUGAAGGUGACGAGAGAGAGGAUACUGGUUCAAACGAUGAGGCGAAAACAUAUCUGCUAGCGCUUACUGGCUAUGCAUCACUAUUGAAUAAGGAUUGCAACGGGCUAGUUAAGGCCAUAUUGAAGUGCGACUGGAUGGGCAGAGAAGAGGGAUUCGUCAAGGCGUAUGCUCAGUUUCUGGGAAACUUGGUUAGCGCACAGGGAGCGUAUGUCGGGCUGGUGCUAGGAACGCUCGUUGAUAACUUUACUGGAGUACGAGUAUCGAGUGGGCGUCUUCCUGGCUGCCCAGAUGUUAGUCGCGAUAUACUUUCUUCGAGAGUUCAUUUUGCACUGAGAUACCUUCUUAGAUUGGUCCCCUCCGCCAGCGCUACACUCUCGCCCAUCCUUUCAACCAAGUUUCCCUUCGCCGAUGAAUCAAAGAGAGUACAUGUCACAUAUAUUAACAAUCUCGUUCGUCUCCUGGAGUAUGCUCCCGAAUUGAAGUCGGAUGUUUUCGCUCUCAUCACAGACAGACUGGUCAAAAUUGAUGUACAAAUGCAGGUCGACUUGGACGACGUGGACGAUGAGGUCGCAGGUGCUAUUGUUCAAGGUCUCGCUAUGAAUCCUUCUGACCAGGAAGAAGAAGAUGAUGAUGACGCAGAUGAUUCCGACGAUAGCGACGCCGAAUCAAUUAAUAGCGAUGAUGAAAGUGGAGACCAAGCAAAACGUGCCAAAGAAAUUCAAGAAAGUGUCGAGAAAAUGGAUGCAAUACUGGACCGCUUAUUUGCUAUCUACGACCCUUAUUUCACAGACCCAAAUAGCAUAGAGGCCGCAAAUAUGUUCGAGACUUUACUAGGACAUUUCGCCAAUAUCAUUCUACCUACAUAUAGAUCUAGACACACACAAUUCCUCCUCUUCCACUUUGCACAAAAGUCUGAACAUCUUAUCGAUCAAUUUGCCGGAACCUGCGUGCAACUAGCUUUCCAACCUGGCAGACCCGCUGUCCUUCGACAAUCUUCCGCGGCCUAUCUCGCUAGCUUUGUGGCGCGAGGCGCACACGUUGAGCCUCAAGUGGUUCGGACCGUUUUCGAGCUCAUCGGGAGCAAUCUGGAUCACAUUCGCACGGAAAAUGAACUUACUUGUCGGGGGCCCGAUCUAAAGAAAUAUGGCACUUUUUAUGCUAUGACACAAGCACUACUUUAUAUCUUUUGCUUCCGCUGGCGAGAUCUUAUAGAUUCCUCCGAGGUAUUUGAUGACGAUGACCCUACAGCAUUCAUUGGGCAAGAUCUCGUCUGGACAACAGGCAUCAAAGAGACACUCUCUCGUGCUAUUUACUCCAAACUCAACCCUCUUAAAAUCUGUUCCCCGCCCAUUGUUUCCGAAUUCGCCAAAAUCGCACAUCAUCUACGAUUUAUGUACGUAUAUCCUUUGCUAGAGACCAACAAACGUAUUCGUUUAAGUCAGUUCUCGAGUGCAAUUGGAAAUGGUGCAUUGCGGGACUCGGGUAAUGGUGCAAGCAAUGACAGCUGGCACCAAUUGGAUGCUUACUUUCCUUUUGAUCCAUAUCAAUUACCUGUGUCAAAGAAGUGGAUUGAGGAUGACUAUGUACAAUGGCAAGGCAUUCCAGGACUAAACAAAGAUGAGAGUGAUGAUGAUAGUAGUGGAGAUGAGGAGGAGGAUGAGGAGGAUGAGAAUGCGCCUGAAGACGAUGAUACGGCGACUGACGAAGAAGCGGAAGAUUAA